UGUGAGAGAUUCUGCUUGCUCUUUCCAAGUUCUGCAGAGCAAUUUUCUGCUUCUUGCAGAAAAAUAAUUCUAAAUAAAAUAAAGAAAAAUCUAAGGCCGAAAUGUUGCCACAACAAAAAAGAAUCACCCAUAUUUAUUCGUUUCAAGCCAUUGUGUCCUAUGCCACCAAAAUUUAUAGGGCUAUUACCAUGUGACAACAAAUUUGGAUAGGAAGACCAUGUGACAACAAAUUUGGAUAGGAAGACCAUGUGACAACAAAUUUGGAUAGGAAGACCAUGUGACAACAAAUUUGGAUAGGGAGAUCUAGACACCCACCCAUUUUUGUAGGAGGAGCCAGGCAUCCCUAUAUCUACCUGCGCAGUCAAUGGUGGUUGUUCACAGCGAAGGUCCAGCGCUUCUACAGGGUGAGUGAAUGUAUAAAUAAGAUUUUUUUUUUGGAAAAGGUUUGUUAGGAACGCUGUUCGUUACGUUACACAGCUUGCUUGCCCUCAGGAAGUAUGAAUGUUUGAAGUUUUAAAUAUUUUGUUACAACACUGAAAUGUUGGACAAUAAGAAAUUAACAACGGGCAAGCUCAGGGUUAUAGUUAAAUGUUUUUUUUCUUUCUUUUUUCUCCAUUCUCUCUCUGUGUUCAGGUUCUGUUACAAACAUUUGCAUAUAGGCCACAAAUAGUUAAACAUUUACAUUUUCUUUUUUUUUUUUAAACUAAUGACUUUUUAUACAAAAGACUGUGUCCCUUUACUGCCUAAUACAUUUUUUCCUUGAAGUUCUUGAAAUUGUUUAAAAGGCUCUUCAUUUAGAUAUGAAUAAUGGCAAAUAGUUAAAAAAAUAUUUUCAUCAGUGUUUACUUAAGUCAGAAGAAGUGAUUUGUGCAUUUUGAAUCGCUCUGAACUGCCUCGUUCACCCGACAGAUGUGCUUUGACCUUUUCAGCUUGUUGUUGAGAAACACGAGAGAAAUUGCCUUGUUUUUUCACGCUCGCCUAAUUUUUCCGCAUUGUCUGAAUCGCUUCCACCAGGUUUUGCUUCCUGGACAAAUAUGGAUGACUAUCUGCCACCAGGUUGGAAAGAACUUAUCAGUUCAUCGCCCAACCGACCAACUGACCGAGAUCUACAAGAUGCUGAUUUCGAAGAUGCUGAUUUUGCUGAUUUUGAUGACUCCCCCCUGCGUCCCUGCGGCCAAUCCCAGCCUGUCGAUGAGCCUUCGGCCGGCCCAGAAGUCUCCGAUAGUUCACACAUUUGCAACAUAAGCUCGGAUCAAUAUCAGGAGCUACUUUCCAGGCUGAGCCGGCUUGAGGAGAGCGUUGCAAGUUUAGACAGCGUAUGUUCUACACCCGAUAGAUCGCUAAGAAGAACUCAGGCCUCCAGAAAAGGGGAGACGUUGGACGCACCCGGCUCUCACCUCCACGAGGUCAUCCUUGGUGACUUCAAGAGAGCUUGUUUGGGAGAUCGCACAGGAGUCGGACACCGACAACGCACAGCAGGCAAGCAGUCACGCUAAGCGUUUCUGCUUGGCGGCCUGGCGUCUCCCGGUGGCCAGCGUGACCUUUUUUUGACCAACAACGAGAAGCUCCGCAGCUACCCCAAGCACCUAGACGAGAAGGGUUACGCGACGACCACUGUCAAACAGAUGCUGGGCAACGUCUUGAAAUUUAUCCAACAUAUUCAGGUGAGCCAUCAAGAAUCCAGCCGGCUCUCUGAUGGACAGCUGUCGGCGAUCGUACAGGAACUCAAGACUAUCCAGGGAGGGGUUUCGAAGAAAGCUGCUGUGCACCGGGUCAGGGUCGCCGGCAAGCUUAAAGACGAGGACGCCCGCCCCCUGGUGGACGUGGACUUUGUGGAGGUAGCACGGAGGCGGAUUCCAGAGCUCCUUAGAUACGUGGAAAAUAGGAGAGGGGCUGUCCGCUUUCACGCCCUCCUAAUGGGCUAUGUCCUCGGAUACCUGGCUGAGACCUCCCGGCACAGUCCCGCCGUCCUCACCUGGACAAGAAAGGAGGAUGUUGCAUGUGCAGAAGCGUUCAGGGACGGGGCUGGCUUCAGGAUUUUGGUCGACGAGCAAGAGGUGGGCGGAGCCGGGGGCCCAGCGUCAUUCCACGUGACCCAGGAGGAGUACUGCUGGCUGGACCGCCUGACAAGAACCUCUUGCUGCUCCGGGACCUCCUCAUCACCUUUCCUUUUUCAUGCCGUGGACGGCACCCCGCUGGGCACACCUGGGACCGUCCUGCAGGAGGCCUGGCUGGACGCCGGCCUCAAGGGAGCGGCCAGCUUCCCAGGCUUCCAGGCGACCUCGACCGAUGUCGAUGCAGGUCUGCAAGCCGCACGGGGUUCUUUGCAUGUCGGGGACAAGGAGGACGCCCAGGAGUCGCAUUCAGACAGCGACGCAGAGGCAGACUUGGGGGACUUCAGCCAGGAUCUUUUUCUGCCCUCCCACCCACUUGAAGAGUCCUCCGUACCGGCGGAGGACUCGUCAAGAUCAGAACUCCGAGAUGAAUCCUUUACAUCUAAAAGGAAAGUGGUGUACACCGAAGGAGACAAAAAUGUCUUUAAUAAAUGUUACAAACCCGGUCAAGAAAUUGUUGCACACCGGGGUUCUACAAAGCCUGGGCAGCAGAAGCCAGCCUCUUCUGCAACAAGUGUUUCUCGGGGGAGUUCUACGGGGGUAGGACCCUUUGUAGCCAUUAAGGAUUCCGCCGCCGCUGCCGCAGGCAAACAACAACCGGUUUGUUUUCCCGGGAGGGUUAAGCCCCCCGUUAGUUCAGCCCAACGAGAGACGGCAGCUCAGGGAGGAAAACCACAACCACCGGUUUGUUUUCCCGGGAGGGUUAAGGCCCCCGUUAGUUCAGCCCAACGAGAGACGGCAGCUCAGGGAGGAAAACGACAACUUCCAUCAAAUCUUUCUGGGUGGCAAAAAGAAACAGGACCUACGGGGCGGCCAACCUGGGUGAGAGUGCUUCCUUCAGAGCCUGUAAAUCUGUCCUCGUCUGAAAGUGAUUCAGAAUAGAGUUAGGGUCCACCACUUUAUGUUUCAACUGUUUUGUUAGGGUCAGUUAGGAUAGUUCAAGCCACAUUUUCAUUUCCCUUUUUUUCUCCCCCCCUUUUGUUGCCAAUAUUGUUCAAACUGUUAAUCUAUUUUGUUCUUUAUUUUUUUAUUUUAGUUUUGUUCAAAUUUGAUUUUUGUAAAAUAAA